CAUUUUUCAGACAAGGAAAUCAUUCGGAACAAAAGUCAGUAUAUUUCGGUGUAGCUCACGUUUAAACAUAGUCUCGCCCACGCUGCUCACGCGCCGAACCGCCGCCACUCGACUGCCCAGUCCUAUUUGCUUUCUCGACGCCUAUACACGCUCCAGGACAAUCAUGAGUCGCGUAGGACGAACUCGGCGCACGCGCGUCUACGACUGCAACUACAACAAAGGGGAGAGCUACUAUCGCCCCGUGCUGGACCGUUUGGACGGUAAAGUGCCCGUCGCCGUAGAACCAGAGCGCGAGAGGAUCCGCAGCGACGUCGAGAACCGAAUCAAGAGUGCUCUCGACGAGAUCGAGGCGCCCGCCGACGACCUGUUCGACUUCAGAGGUGCGCGCGCGCAGAGGGGCCGGCCGCUGUCCUCCGCCUUGGAGAACGAUGAAUUCUCUGAAGACAUCGCAGAAUCUCUAAAGCGCCUGCGCGCCAGCAAGAAGGCCUCCCGCUUCGCCGAAGAUAUUGACUUCGACAGCAGCGUCGCUAACCUGGAAAACCGCAUGAGGAUCUCCGACAAAAUCUUAGAAACCGUCGGUAUCGGGCAGGCAGAGGUCAGCGGCGCCAGGAGGGCUCUGCAGGAGAAUGAGGAACGCACAGAGAAGCGCAUCGCUCGCAGACUCAACGAAGAGUCUUCGCUCACUAAAUGGUCCGCUUUGAAGAGCGAGGAGGAGAGCGCGGCCGCCCAGCGAGCUAAGGCGUCAAGGGCGCGUCUGUCCGACCUUGAGGACGAGAUGACUGAACUGAACGAACGAAGCGCCGCGAGGGAGAAGCGCGCCGCCAGGCUCCGAGCACUGGUCGCCGACGCCGACAGCGCCGACACCACCAUCGCCUCCACCAAAAUCUCCAUCCGGUCCGAGAAGGAGAAGAAGCAAGUCUCCUUCUAAGCCUGUACCCACUCCCUGCUCUCAGUCGUUUAAGAGCACAGUGAGUUUCUGUUGCGAUAGAUAAAGUUGCUCGUCAGCGUGCUCUUGUAUUUGCCAAUGUACAAUGAUCGAGUUGAAUUUAUUUUAUACUUGUAUAGAAUAAAGCGCUUUCCCUGUUUUUAUUUAUUAAAAUAUUAAAUAGUUUAUUUCGAAUAA